AUGUUGAAAGCAUUAUGUAUAGAAAAAGUGGCAGCGUAUAAGCCGCUUGGAAGCAUAACGAUAGAACGUACUUAUGAUGGUAACUACACGGGUUUUUUUGUACCAAAAGUUGAGUAUAGGACUUUAUGGCAAGAAAUGCGAAGCGCAGCAAGAGCGGGAUUAAGUUACAGAAUUCGAUCAGAGAUUAAUAAGGAUUCUAUAGAAGCAUUUAAUGAACCAGUACGCUUAUCGACUGAUUCAUGCCUAAUGCUUCGUGCUAACUUGGUGCAUCAGUUUCGUGCAACGAUUGACCCUGAUCAGCAUGCAUUGUUGUCCCUUUCUGUUUUUCCCGAAGGAGUAUUUGUAGUUGACUCAGAACCCCAACAAUGCAUUGAUGAGGAGCCGUCAUUUAGUAAAUUAUAUGGAUCAGUAGCAGUAACGAAAGUUACUUCUUUACCGACCCCCGAUACGGAGUCUUACAUUCAGAAGAUGGAAAAAGAACGUCAAGCGAGACAGCACGGGGCGCAACAAGACAACAGAUCUUGGUUUCAGAAAUAUUGGAUGUAUAUAGCCGCAGCUUUCAUUUUUAUGGUCAUUAUGAACGCCACUGCUGGUGAUCAAGGCGACCAGUGA